AUGAUUGAGAAUAAACAAUUUAAAUGUGUUAAUUGUAGUAAAAAUGUUGGUGCACUGUUUAGAAACUAUGGACCGUCUGUUUUAAAAUUGAGUAAAUGUGAGCACUGUAAAGGUAUAGUGGAUAAAUAUAUAGAAUAUGAUCCAGUCAUUGUAAUGAUUGAUCUUGUACUGAUCUCAAAAGAAGCCCAGAGACAUAUUAUAUUUAAUACUGAUUUUAAAGCCUAUUGGAAGCUAUUUAUAAUAUUAAUGAUGUUAGAGACAUAUGGAAUAUGGAGAAAUGAUAGCCUAUUUAACAUAAUUGUUAACUCUCUCUGUAAUAUACAAAAUAACAGUACCACUAACACAACAUUUAUUAAAUUGCCUCAACAGCUGCUUUUAAAUAAUUUAGAAUCAUACAACAUGGACUGUAUGGAUUGGGCUCGAGAAGAAAAAGAUGGUGUGGACUUAUUUAUAUGGGAAAAAGAUUUUUAUAUACAGUUUAUAUCAACAUUGAUGGGAAUAAUUGUGUUUAUAUUAAUUGUUCAUAGCACAAUGCGACUAUUCAGCACUUACACUCGGAAUACAAAAGUGGGUAUUGUUAAACUGUUGAAAUCUUAUUCAUUGGCUAACACAAGCCUGUUGUUCACUCUACCUACUCUAGUGUGGGGUACACAUGAGACAUCCCCUGAGACAAGACUACUCCACUAUUUACUAGUAUUUCUCUAUAUGUUUACUGUUUUCUACAAUGUUUUUACUGUACUAUAUGAGAGUCCCAGACUGUUUACAACAGUGAUUUUACUGUUAAGCCACUUGGUGAAAUUCAUAAUGGCUUUUCACAUGCCUCCACUCAUAAGGACACUUACUACAUGA